AUGUACGACUUUCAGAUCCGCGACGACAAACGCCGAACCAAAGGCAGGCUUGCGCAGAUCGAAUGGGCCAGGGAUACCCUUAGGACCAUGUACGACUACACGAACACGCGCCGCGAUAAAGCCAGCGACAAGGGCAUCACGUUGGCGGAUGACCGUUUCGACGAGGAAUAUGACGCGCUUGACCAGACUCAAAGAGCAUUUGAGGAAACGUUAAAAGCUGAGACAACGAUGCAGUCGUUGAGGAGCCUUAUUUGGAACAAAGACGUUGACGUGGAACAGCACGUUAAGAAGUUAGAGGAAUUUUGGGACCGCACUCAGGUAUCAUGGGCUGAUCUCGACCGCCGUCUCAGACAAUCAGCCCUCUCUGCCGCGUCGCAGUCAGCUGCAUCUCUUCCUAUUGGCGAGGGAGCGACUUCUUUAGCGGCUCAACGUAGCGGCACCCAACCACUUUCCGUAAUGUCACCUCAACCUACUGAGCAGAGGUCGCAGAGCGCACCUUUGCCUUCUCAGCCUAUUCCAUCGGACGCUGCUAGUGUGUUGCCCACGGAGGGUCCCACCGAUAGGCUUCAGAGCCCGGUUCCCAAGUCUAGUGCCUCAACUAACGGGACGUACUCUUAUUAUGACUCGCACAGCAGAGGAAACACAUUCCAGGUUGGAGGCAGUAACAACAACGGUACUGCUACGCAAGUUCAGCAUCACGGCGGAACGACUACCUACAAAACUCUGCCUUCCCCCAUGAAUGAGAGGUCCCCGUCUCAGUCUGGGGCUCAGGUAGAGGAAAGCAACAUUCCAGGAACAAAUGACAACGGUAGGGCUCGUAAUACCGGCUGGGGCUAUGCCGUAUCCGGCGACGGCGUCGUGACCGACGGUGUGGGUGUCUCCAACGUCCAUGGAAAUGGCCAUGUCGUCGGAGGUGACUGGAGUUGGUUGGCAAAGAUGAACUCGUCGGGGAAUGGAAACUCGUUUCAGGUCGGAGGUUCUGGAAACGUCGGUAGCACUUGGCAAGAGACAUACCACAACUACUAA